AUGCUCGGCAAAUCCUCUCUUACAGUGGCGACGCUGGUCGCCCAGGCUUUUCCUGGACUUGGAGCGAUCAUUGAACGAGAAACGGUCAAAGUAACAACCUCCGAGACAGUUCGAGGUGGUGAACUAGCCAAUAUUCAUCUCAACUGGCUUAAUCAACCGCCGAGUUUGAUCGAAUCUGUCUACGCGCCCUGUGAUGGCGACGAUUCAUUGACAAAGGGGCAAAUCAUCGGACGGUUUUCAAUUCACGAUCAUCCUCCACAGCGACUAGCUUGGGUGGUUCCAGAGGAGGCUGCAACGCACCACUGUGUUUACAUAUAUGGAGUUGACGACUCAGAUGUGACGCAAAAGGUCUUGGGCAAAAGUGGCCCUGUUUCCUUGCAGAAGAAGCAGAACAAACGAUCCACGGCAGACAUCGAUAUCCCACUGCUGAAAGACUUUGAUGCGCAGGGAGCAUGGUUCGAUGGAGUCGCCAAAAUCAAGGCCAAAGUGAAAAGUGAUGGGGGAGUUGCUUCAAAGAACUCGCCAAAGAAUACCUCGAUCGCGAUUGUUGGAGGCGGGAUCUCCGGACUUGCAACAGGGUUGAUGCUGGACAGCGUCGGUGUACACAACUGGGAGAUCAUCGAAGCCAGCGGCCGUGUUGGUGGCAGAUUUCGCACAAAAUAUGUCGCGGACACUCAAGAAUGGGCUGAGAUGGGACCAAUGCGACUCCCAUAUUCGGUCACCUACAAAGACGACAAUGAGACACUCCUAUAUUCUGAUCAUCAGUUGACUUUCCAAAUGGCCGAGAUCUUGAACAACAUGAAUAGGAAUGACUCGCAGUGGAAAAUUGAUUUUAUCCCUUGGAUCCAACACAGUCCCAAUGAGUUGUAUGCUCGAGACACUCGCCGCCACCCAGAUGGAAGAAUCCCAACUCGCGCUGAGAUAGAGGAGGACCCCAGCCUGAAGGAUCCUCCAGGAAUGACAAGUGCCGAAUAUACCAACACCAAGAACCAGAUGGAAAAAAUCCUGAAAGAUGAAAAGACUCUCAAGUCUCUUCAGAAAGAUGUCUGGAGAGCCCACAAGACGGCCAUGGACCAGGGGCUCGAUGACUGGAGUGAACAGGCAAUGAUGCGACAUGUCUUCAAAGCAAGUCAAAAUGUCACCGACGAAAUCUGGACAUCAUCCGACUACGAUGUGUUCUGGGAUGAGCUUCAUCACAACUCCAACCUCGGCCUAGAUGGAAGCAAGGACAGUAUAGGCGAAACAGAAUGGCUCUGUAUUGAUGGGGGAUUUAACCGCCUGUCCGACGCCUUUCUUCCUCACGUCCGCGACAGACUUACUCUCAAUCGAAAAAUCCGGAAACUAGAGCCAGUCAAGGGAAGUGAUGGUCACACUCGCACUCGAUUGUCAUGGUACCCCAAUACCUCAAAUCGCACCUUCGAGUCCAAAGAGUAUGACUACACAAUCAUGUCAGCACCAUUCACCAUGACCCGCUUCAUGGACCUGCCUAAAUUCUCAUCCGUCCUAGACCGCGCAAUCAGCGAAGCAGGUCUGCGAUUCAAGUCCGCAUGCAAAGUAGCCCUACUAUUCUCCGAGCGAUUCUGGGAAAAGGGCGACCGACCAAUUUUUGGCGGUUACUCCAAGCCAUCAAGCAACUCAGUUGGUGCGCUCUACUACCCAGUCUAUGGACUCAACGAGUCUCGGCCAGGUCUAAUCAUGCACUACCGAGGCGGUGAUUGGAGCGACCGGUUUGUGAGUUUCUCGGACGAAGAACACGUCCAGACAGUGCUGGAUUCAAUUGUCAGCCUGCACGGUGAACAAGCGCGCGAUCUUUACACAGGAGAUUAUGAGCGUCUUUGUUGGCUCGAGGAUGAACAUACUGCGACUUCUUGGUGUCGGCCGGAUGUUGCACAGCAUGAGUUAUACAUUCCGACUUACCAUCAGACGGAGCAUAACACUAUUUUUAUUGGUGAGCACACAGCACCAACUCAGGCUUGGGUUAGCUCCUCGCUGCAUUCUUCUGUUCGUGGGUCGGUUCAAUUGUUGUUGGAGUUGGGUUUAGUGGACGAGGCGAAGGAACUUAACCAACGAUGGAUGGGGAGAUGGAUCAAGCUAUGA